GUGUGUAUAAAUACGGAUAUCCAAAGCCAGUUUAUUCCUACUCAAUACUCACGUUUAUUCUCCCUUCUUCUCUUCGCUUAUUGUUUUCCCUCCUGCCGCCGCCCUUCUCUCUAUUUACCUUUUUGCUUCUCUCUGAAUCUGCGAAGAUGCACGGACAAGAGCUCACUCGUUUUGUCAUUGGCAUUAUUGGGAAUGUCAUCUCGGGACUGCUGUUUCUCUCGCCAACGCCUACUUUCUGGAGAAUACACAAGAAGAAAACCACUGAGGCGUUUCACCCAUAUCCAUACCUGGCCUCCGUGAUGAACUGUGUCUUGUGGAUCUUCUAUGGUUUACCAAUAGUUCAUCCUAACAGCAUUCUUGUGGUUACCAUCAAUUCCGCUGGGCUCUUUCUGGAGUUGUGUUACCUGGCCAUUUUCUUCUGCUAUACCAACAAAAAGAACAGGGGGAUCAUAGUCCUUUUCCUUUUGGCUGAGGCUGCAUUGCUUGCUGGUAUUGUGGUUAUCACUCUCGUCUGCUUUCACACACACGUCAAAAGGUCCAUGUUUGUGGGGAUUGUCUGUAUUGUGUUUGGGAUUAUUAUGUACGGCUCCCCGCUGUCCAUUGUUGCGAAAGUUGUAAGGACGAAGAGUGCUGAAUUCUUGCCCUUUUGGCUCUGCCUGGCUGGUUUUUCCAAUGGCGUCGUCUGGUUCGCUUAUGCCAACCUCUACAGUUUUGACCUCUAUAUUGCUAUUGGAAAUGGAGUUGGAGGAUUUUUGGGUCUCGUCCAGCUCCUUGUAUACGGUUUUUACACCUUCAAGGCGUGGAGAAGAGGUCCGGUGCAAACUGAUGUGAAGCCUGGUGAGGUGCAGCUCCAGAACGUGGCAAAUAGGCCGUCAGUCUGAUUUCCCUUUUCAGGGAAUUAGCUUUAUUUUGCUUAGAUUUUUACUUUGGAGACACCAUCUAUAGUUUUUCGGUUCCUAGACUAGGGUAUCUUUUAGGUCUUUUUUUUUAUUUCAUUUUUAGACUUUUAGAGUAGUUUAC